AAACCAUCAUUACGUGGAGCCAAACCAAACGCACGUACGAUCUACAAAACAUGUGGAUUGUCUGUGGAAACGUGAAGUCGAUCUCGGAGCUGUAGUCCACUAGAUAUGCCCUGAGCCAUGAUCCACCGUCUCAAUACCUGGCGUACUUAACUUCUCAACCUGAUAUAAAUGCAGCUUUAUAUCCUCACCCUUCUACUCUUCUCCUGAGGACGCUUCUGGAGGCCUCCCGGUGUUUUAGAAUGGCUGGCCGUGGAGAAGUGGACUGCCCAGUGAAUGCCCUUGCUCCAGUCAAGAUGAUGGAGGAAGUAGGAGAUACUUGUGCCCCAGACCCCUCAAGUUCUCCCCCCACCCCUGAGUGUUCCAUCUGCCUGCAGAGCUGCAUCCACCCUGUGCGUCUCCCCUGCUGCCAUGUAUUCUGUUUCCUCUGUGUUAAAGGGGCCUCCUGGCACAGCAAGCGCUGUGCUCUGUGCCGGCAAGAAAUCCCAGAGGACUUCCUGGAGCGUCCUGUCCUCCUCUCACCUGAAGAACUGAAAGCAGCAGCUGCAGGGGUGAGCCGAGGAUUGGGGACAAGCAGCGGGCCUCGUGGAGACUUUGCGUGGUACUAUGAGGGACGCAACGGCUGGUGGCAGUAUGAUGAGAGGACCAGCCGUGAGCUGGAGGAGGCCUUCUCAAAGGGCAAGAAGAGUACAGAGAUGCUAAUCGCAGGGUUUCUUUACGUGGCUGACCUGGAGAACAUGGUGCAAUAUCGGCGGAAUGAGCAUGGACGCAGACGCAAGAUUAAACGGGACGUCUUAGAUAUCCCAAAGAAGGGAGUUGCUGGACUCAGGCUAGACCCUGAACCAACCCCUAACCUUGCUUUACCUGUCGCCUCCUCAGUUGCAACAGAACGUGUCAGCUCAGCAGAUGGAUCAGACACAGCAGGCCCAUCACACUCUUCAACUUUUGGGAUUCUAGUGUCUCUACCUCCUGUUAGACCUCCAACACUCCUGGGGCGCCAUCCCACCAGUCCUCGGUGUGUCUCCCCCUUAACCCUGGAAGAGUGUCUCUCCCAGCUCCUACUGGCCCAAUCAGAGGGAGAAGAGGUUGAUGGAGAUGAUGAGACAUAUGAGUACGCAUCCGGCAGCAGUGACAGUGAGGAGGAGAGGGAGAGUGAGAGGAGAAGAGGACAAAGACCUCUAAGAGACAGCCAGCCCACCAGGAUGCCUCCAAGAGGUGGGGAUUCCAGCUCUGCACUCAGUCUUCGUUCACGUAGUCCUGAUGGACAGUGCACUGUGACAGAAGUGUGACGGCAGACUGGAUAGUGAUUUCUCCUCAACCAGUUUGGCAAAAAAAAGUUUAAAAACAAGUAUGCAUAUGGAAAAAUGUGAUCAUGUGCCAAAUAUGAUCCUAAAAUGCUUUUCCUUGUUUUCAUAUAAAUAUAGGUUUAUUACAUUAUCUCCAUCCAGUUUUUGUGUAAUCACGGGUUAGUCUGGGAUCAUGUUAAACAGUUUUUCCAAAUGAGUGAAUCCUUAAAAGAGUUUGAAUAUUGAAGUCAUUUAAUUUGGAGUCUUUGGGUGUAGCUUCGCAUUAUACGCAGGAUAUUCAUACAGUGGUGGUUGUGAUCUCAGAAAAAAUUGUAUAAAGUAAUAAAGCAAAAGACAGUCUUGUUUUCUUCUAGUUUAAAACUGCCAUCCAUCCUUUAGAGUGUUCUGUGACCCAGCAAUACAAAUGUCUUUUUCAAACGUAUUCUUCUCUAUUCAGUUAUCUUCUGACCUCCAGCGUAACAUGAAUGGUAGUUGUGGUUAUUUUGAAUGAAAGUGUAAAAAUGAAGCCUUUGUGUGUGGCACCUCUCGUUCCAGAGAGUUAAUCCUGCAGUUUGAUUUUAAGUUGAGCUUUAAUCAAGACAUAAUCAGCAACUUUUAAAACUAGACUGUGUGUGCACGUGUUAAAAUAUGUGUGAGGGUGUAGAGAGUCCUUCUGUUCUAAUGUGAAUGCCUUGAUUUAAAUUAUAGUGUGUGUUUGUGUUGUUGUUAAUAACAUAAGGUGCUGAAAAGCUACUGGCAGAACCACUGGAAAGUUUAAGGCUAUAUGUGUAGAGAGGCUCAUUUGGAUUUCUAUUUCUUGCUGUUGUAUUCUCGAUAGAGCUUUUAUCAGAGCACUGGCAUUGACAUGUACUUGGAUGAGCUCCAGCUGUCCUUACAAGAUCUUUUUUUCAUCUUCUUUCAUUUUAACUUGCAACUUUCUUACUGUUUGAUUGUCAAUCUCAACAAUACUUUAACUGUCUGUGUGUUUUGUAGCUUUUGUGGUGUUCUGUCAAGUCAUUAAAUGUGUCUAGCCAAAAUGUCAAACUA